AUGGUGAAAACUUGCUCGAACUGUGGUAGCACGGAGAUCGACGAGGAUGCUGCGAGAGGAGACGCCACCUGCACGACUUGUGGAACUGUCCUCGAAGAGUCGAUUGUAGUGACAGAGAAUCAGUUUCAAGAACGAGCUGGAGGUUCAGGACACACUCUAGUUGGUCAAUUCGUGUCAGCAGAACGCGCUGCUGCUAACAACUUCAAUGGCAUGGGUUCACAAGAGUCUCGAGAAAUGACAUACGCUAAAGGAAAGAAAGUUAUUGAUGAAUUAGGAAGUCAGCUGCGAAUAAACGCACAUUGCAUGAACACUGCUUUCAAUUUCUUCAAAAUGUGUGUCUCUCGAAACUUGACUCGUGGACGAAACCGAGCAUCUGUUGUUGCUGUCUGUUUGUAUAUCACUUGCCGACUUGAAAAUACAGCUCAUUUGUUACUAGAUUUUAGUGAUGUUACACAGGUCAGUUCACUACCGUUUCUACUCUAUGUACGUAUACCUCGCUUCCAGAUUAAUGUCUUCGACUUGGGAAGGAAUUUGAACUUCAUCUCUCGAUCAUUGCGAAUCAAUCUACCUGCUACUGAUCCAUGUCUCUACAUUAUCAGAUUCGCUUGCGUUCUAGAUUUCGGCGAUAAGCAGAAAGAAGUUGUAACUCUGGCAACAAGAUUAGUUCAACGAAUGAAACGAGACUGGAUGUCAACUGGAAGACGUCCAACAGGAAUCUGCGGAGCUGCUCUCCUCAUCGCUGCCAGAUCCAUGAAUUUCAAUCGAACUAUCAACGACAUUGUACGAGUUGUUCAUAUCAGUGAGAGUGUCAUAAGGAAGCGAUUAGACGAGUUCAGUCAAACACCGUCUGGAAGUUUGACUAUUGACGAAUUCUCUAAUGUUGACCUAGAACAUAGUGAAGAUCCUCCAGCGUAUAGAGAAGCAAGACGAAAGGCUCGUGAAGAACAACUGAAAAAGGAGGCCGAACAAGCAGAAUCAAUGAGCUAUCAGCUAGGAGAAAUGGAAGCUCAUGUGGAGGCAGCACUCGAUAAAAAGAGGAAGGAGAAGUUCUCAAAAAGCCCAUAUGCGAAGCUGAUUAGUGAAGGUUUAGGAUUGGAGAAAGGUGCUGAUGAAAUGGUCCGUAAUGAAAUACUCAACAGUGUUUUCGACGCGGUAGAAGAAGAAGAGCCUUGGUGGGUUUUAGAUGCGCCAAUUUUUAUAAUCUUUUUUUUCAGUUCAUCGAAUUCGCUUGAAAAGUACGACAAGUACCGUCCGUCUUUGGAAUCUCUCGGAAUCAAACCUGCUGAAACUCAGGAGGAAUUGCCUCGAAUAUCGAGCAUUCCCGUUGACGAUGUUGAUAUAGAAAUCUCCGACUCUGAAAUUGACUCUUACAUUCUUACUGAAAGUGAAGUUGCAAUAAAAACUGAUUACUGGAUGAAAGCCAAUGGAGAAGUGAUGAAGGCUAUUGAGGAGAGAAAAAGAGAACGGGAAGAGAAUGGAGAUUUCAAAAGGAAGAGAAAGUCCACUAAGAAAACGGAAACAGUUUGCACUUCAGCGGCAAGUGCAGUUGAAAAAGUGAUAGCGGAAAAGAAACUGUCUAACAAGGUGAACUACGAGAUGUUGAAAGACUUGGAGACGAUGGGUGGCAAGAGAAAAGCAAACCAAGACAGCCCUGUCAAAACAUCACUAUUACCUAUGAAACUAGAAGCGUUGGAAGUGACACCGGAUAAUCUUAGCAAAAGUGAGAGAAUCGCGAGAGGCAAGAAUCUACGCAUAUCGAAAAAGGGUGACUUCGCCAUCGAUAGAAUCCGGAGCGCAUUCGAUCUAAAGAAUGAACUUUCUGAUGCUGAGGUAACUCCGACGAAAUCUACACCAAUCCUGAAAACGGAAACUCCUACGCCUUCUGUUACUCUUCCCAUCACACAGAAUGCUGACGUAACGAUAAUAGGUCAAUCAAAGUCAAACCCUGCUGCAAAGUCAAGAUACGCGAAAAUGAAACCUAUCAUUGGAGCUAAAAAACUCGCAUCUCUUGCUGAUGUCAAACACGUAGCAAAGCCUCCUCUACCAUUAGAUCAAAAUGAAAGCGAUUCAAUGGUUGCUUCGGUCGAUGAUCAACCUCCAAUUUCAACUGAUGGUGAAGCUGAUCUUAGUCAUCAAGAAUCCAUCAUCAAAUCAUUAGAACCUAGCAAAAACGAGACCCAUAAUGAAACUCCGAUUUCCACGCCUGCAAUCGAAGAAUCGAAGCCAGUGGAAGUUAAGUCCAGAUAUGCAAAAGCCAAACCGAACUUGAAAGGACCGAAACCGAAGAUUACACCUGCAACGGUAUCUGAGACUGCUGAGCCAUCCGCCAAAAAGACCAAGAUCUGA